CGAUGUGGUUUUAUUUUGAAGGCGCAGCCGGAAGUCUCUUUCCGUUUCUGCAGCUUCUUGUCUUGAAUGUGAUGUAGCAGCUGUGACAAGCGCGGCUAGCUAGCUGGCUAGCAAAAAGACUUAACCCACUUAACCAGAGUGACACAAUCCGAGAACUACUCUAUGUAAGAUGAAUGCUGAGGACAAGUUGGAGGGCAUACUGCUUAAGUGCAGCAGUGGAGGAAUCGAUGGAGGAGGGAGAGUUGGGCUGGUCAGUGGAGGUGGACUUGUGGUGAUGACACUCGGGGAAAGAUCGCUGGCAAACCAUCCUCUGUUGGCUGAGGAUGACGACGAGGAAGACGACGAUGACGACUUGACCGGAAGCUCCCUGGUUACACACGACCUGGUUCCUCCUGAGCAGCUGAUGAUGCAGGAGGAGAUGACAAAGAAUGGUGGAAGUGGAGAAGAGGAGGGAGGAGGCGAGGUGGGAGUCCAUUUCCCCCUUAAACUCACCAAUAAGUUGCCAAGCUUGCUUCAUAUGCCACUGAGCAUCAAGCAGGAGCUGAAGCUCUCCGACUCAGCAGACCAGAUCAAGAAGGACAAAAAAGGAGUGAAGGACCUGAUGGUUUGUCCCAAGAAGAAAAAAAGGAAGCAGCGUUCACCAGCAAAGAUUCUCAGCAUCAAUGAUGAUGGAUCAUUGGGCAUACAAAACCCCAAAUGUCACGUCUGUGUUCACUGUAAUGCUGCGUUCAGAACCAACUACCAUCUACAGAGGCAUGUCUUCAUUCACACCGGUGAGAAGCCUUUUCAGUGCAGCCAGUGUGAUAUGCGCUUCAUUCAGAAAUAUCUUCUCCAGAGACAUGAGAAAAUCCACACAGGUGAAAAGCCUUUUCGAUGUGAUGAGUGUGGGAUGAGGUUCAUCCAGAAGUACCACAUGGAGAGACACAAGAGGACUCAUAGUGGAGAGAAGCCUUACCAAUGUGACUACUGUCACCAGUACUUCUCCAGAACGGACCGGGUUUUAAAGCACAGGCGAAUGUGUCACGAGAACCGAGAGAGAAAGAUCAACAAGGCCGCCGGUAAGCUCGGGCCUUUCCGUGAAGCAGAUCCAUUAGGCGUCUCCUUUCUUGCCAAAGAGUGUUCACUGCCCAAGAAAAAGCGCCAAAAGUGUGCAGACAAGAGCUCAGGUGCUUCAACCACGGCCCAGACAGAUGGGCACACUGUUGCCGGGGUAGAAACGGAGGAGAAAGAGGAGCAGAGACAGAAUAAAAUCGAAAGUCUACCUCUCUAUGCUGUGUCCUCCAAAGUCAAACAUGAAUAUGUGAUUGCAGACUACUCUGUGGAUCUUCCUGAAGAAACAGCUAGCCAACACCAAGAGGACAAAGCGUCGCCAGAAGACGCGACUCCUCCUAAACUCGUCCUGAAGAAAGUUCCAAAGAGGAGUCUUAAACAGUCCAGCGAGCAAACUCCUCCCUGCCUUCCCACUCUGUCUUCCUUUGAGGAAAAUACUAAGGUCCCACAGUACACCUUUGAAAUCGUGGACAAGCAAAGCCUUUUGGACGUAGAAAGCAACACUGAACUGGAGUCAGUUGAAGCUCUUCAAGGACCAGCAAAGCCAGCAGCCAGCACAAACUACGACGACGCCAUGCAGUUCCUCAAGAAGAAACGCUAUCUUCAGGCUGCAAUGGCCAAUAACAGUCGGGAUUAUGGCCUGAACACGAGCAGCGUUUCUUCUCAGCCGCCUGUUACACAACCUGUUGUGUCAGCUGUCAUUGACGAGACUGUCCCUGCCACCAUUCUGGAGCCCCAGCCCAUCAGCACAGAGAUUAAAGCCCCACACGAUAAGAACGUGCUGCCAGAUGAGGUCCUUCAGACGCUUUUGGACCAUUACUCCAACAAAGCCAACGGGCAGGCAGACAUUUCCUUCAGUGUGGCUGACACAGAGGUGACAUCAAGCAUAUCCAUUAACUCCUCAGAUGUUUCAGACAGCAGCCCCGGGGAGAGUCUGGGUCCCUCUACCGCACAGGCUCAACCGGCUACCGAAAAAGUCAGCCUCUUGCAAGAAUACUCCAAGUUUCUGCAGCAGGCUCUGGAGAGAACGAGCCAGAAUGACAGCUACCUGACCAGCCAGAGCCUCAGCCUGGUCUCUGAAAACCCCACUUUAGCUGGUCAACCUCUGUUCUCCACUGAGAAACAGUUUCCUUCCCCCACCAGGUUCAAAUCAGGGAUGAGCUCUCCGCUAAGGUCCACUCUCGAGAAACCUCACUUUGGAUUACUGGUCGGGGACUCCCAGCACUCAUUUUCAUUUUCAGGUGAUGAGACCACCCCUCCCUCUGCAGUGUCCCCAGCUGACGAGGAAUUCCUGGAGCAGGUCUCGCCCUCCAAAAAGACAGACUCUUCACAAGGCAUACUGCAGACUUUUCAAAUAAGCUCCUUCGAUCACAACUACAAAUCUCAUUUCCAGACUUCAAGAUCUGGGCCCUCCUCUCAGUUCGCUGUUGCCAAUGGACAAUUAGGUCUUCGAGGACACAGCACAGACUUCUCAGAGUUCCCCUUAGUCCGAGUCACAGAGACGAGGUCUCAACUGAACUCUUCCCCUGAUGUUACAUCCAGUGAAACCUUUGGCUGAAGGGAGUUUAGGAAGAAAUCAUUUCUGUUUAUAAUUUCAGCUGCACUUUAUCUCAUGUCUCGUUUUUUUUUCUUCUUUUUUUUUUUACCAAAACAAGUCCGACUGCAACGAUGUGCUUUUUUUUCCCACAGCAUUAUGUUAUAAACAUAUUAAUGUUUGUUUUCUUUUAUUAAGUGCAACUUCACUGAAUGGAAAUAGAAAAAAGACUGAUCAAUCAUUAUAAGUACUUCCCCUUUAAGAAAAAACGUCUUGCUCCAGAAUGUUAAUUCAGAGAUUAAAUGACCAAAGUGUAACGCAAGAGAGAGUGAAAAUCUCCAUUGCCAUAGAGUUUAUUUGAAUUGUUUUGUCAAUCAGUUUGUGUUGCACACAAAAAAAAAAAACGAUAGUCACUCUUGCUGCUUAAUGCAUCUUCACUUCAACUAAAACGUAGGCCCUGAUUUUGUAUGCCUUUCACUGUAUCUACCUCCCCUCGCUGUAAAUCUGGUUAGAUUAUAUCCACUCCUAGAACUUUUUUAAUCCCGGCUGUAUAGCUCUUGUUAAAAUUGUCUUCUGAAAUGCCCCGAUGAUUUGAUCAUAACAGAUACUUCACUUUAUGUUGAAGUCACUUUAGUGCACCUUAAACAGGUGUUUCCACAUGCGAUGUGUUCAAAUGCUUGUCCAUCUCCCAUUCGCAGAUUGAGUUUAAAUUGGUGUGGGGGAUUUUCCAACCAAAAAUAAACUAAAGAACUUUAGUUCUAAAUGCGUACAUAUUUUAACGUUGUAUAGGUAAUAUAUUCCCUUUAUGAAUUUGAAAGCACUUUUUUCCCCAAAUCUGACUUUGAUGCAGGAAUAGGCUGCGGACUAAAAAAAAAUGGCCAAAUGUCAAUGCCCCCCCGCCCUACCCCAUCCAGAACAAGUAUAUAAAUAAAUAUGAGUAUUUCGGUAUGUACUGGCUGCAGACGUGUUAUAGUUGCAGGAUAAUUAUUACUUUACUUCCUAAAUAUAGAUACAGAGUUGUAGUGAAAAUACUUAAGAGGAUUGUGCAUUUCCUGCACAAUUUGCACAUUUUUCACUGCAGGGAAUGUAGAUUUUACUUUGACAGUGGAGGAAUAUCACUCUACUUUUACCCUAAAAGCAAGUUUGGUUUCAUGAGAUGAGCCCUUGUGUUGGAUUUGGAUCAUGUGUAAUGAUUUGUCUUGCUUCUUGUGCAGCUCUUGUAGCUGCGGGCUUUUGUUGUUGUUUAGGAAGAUGCACAGUUUGAGAGGAAGCAACGAUUCAAUUUGACGCCCUUGUAUUAACUAAAAGUCCAAAGUUUUAUUAAGACUAAUAUGGAACGCAUGGACAUGAGGUGCUUGGUUUUCCAGUUAUGUUAGUUUUGCAUCUGUGCCUUUCUUUUUUUUGUCAUUCUUUCUUCACUCAUUCCUUUUUCUUGUUUCUUAGUCAGUGCCCUUAGGCUACUUUGUCUACUUGCACAAUAACAACAAACAUAUAAGCUAUCAACCUCUUCAGCCUGUAAUAUGUUCAGACCUGGAAGCUUUAUUUAAUUUUGCCCGUCAUAUUUGAUUAUUUUCAGAUUGUAUUAAGAAAUAGCUUCAAGUUGAACUCAAACUGCUCCCUGUGGUUAGAAGGAAAAAAAGUUGUUUCAGACAUGUGUAGUUGGAAACAUUCAGUAGUAAGCCACAUCUGUCCAGGCCUAAAAAAAAAAAAAAAAAUGCAAUAGAGUGGAGCCUCUUCUGUUUUCACCACACUGUUGAUUAUUUUCUGUGUACAUGUUUGUGCGAUGUCUUAGGUGCUAUUGUGUAAAACAUAGUUUUGAUAUAAUUAUGCGCCAUCAAAUUAAGAUUUUUUUUAUAUAAUUGAUGCUAAGCUCCCUCUUGUUACAAUUUUACGGACAAUCAGGGAUGGACACCUACAUUCAUCAUCCAACACAUCGUUUUUCACUCGGAGAUCAUUCCCAAUAAAGUGUGUGGAAAAUAUCCUGCUGUAAAUACAUUGUACAUUUUUAUGUUCUGACAAGAACCGUUGCGUCUUUGUGUCACAAGAGAGACAAGUCAUGUGCUGGAGACACUUUUUAGUUUUUGUCAGUGAAAGGCACAUUAACGAGUUCCCUGCAUUACAUACAUUCAGCGAUUAAACCAGAUGUGGCUUUCUGAGGUUUGUAUAUAUCUCACCACUGUUAUCAGAAACAAUUGACACUUCUUUUACAGUUGUAUUGAUCAGUAAUAUUGAGUUUGUUUUAUUUGUAAGUAAAUGCAGUUGAUUGUGCAUUAAGAUGGAAUUUACUGUGUUCAACUGUUGGUAAUGAAAAGCCCCUCUCCCCAGAAAAUGUUUUUUUGUUUUUGUUUUUUUAAGUGACAGCAGUGGUCAGCUUGAAAGAGUUUUAUGGUUGUAAUAUUUCACUAGCUACUCAUUUCCUUGUAAGCAAUUAUUAAAGCACACAGACUCCAAUGAACAGUUUGUCAAGGUUUUGAAUGGAUGAAGCAAUUUUAAAAAAAAAAUAGUGCAAAACUGUUUCUGGAGAUUCAUGAAUGACACGGAUAGCACCAUUUUUUUCUUCUUUGAAAUAACUGUUGUCAGUAACCUGGCCAUAAGUGUCCUUGUAUAAGCUAGAAAAAAAAACAUUUGUUUUGUGUAAAAAGAUCUGAAUUAUGAAUUUUUUGAUAAAAAACUAUUUUUGAAACAUGUCAUUUUAGGCACUGAGAUGUACAGUAUAUAUCAUAUGCAGUCACUAUUGCUACCCUCAUUUAUCUCUGUACAAGUCGUUUGUGUCAAGGUUUUUUUCAAAUGCAGAGGGAGGGGGGAGUCCCCUUCUAGAGUCCGAACACAUCGUGCUUCAGUGGAAGUUCAGUCUGAAGUCACACAGUAAGGUUUAUUGCAUGGUUUCUAACUUGUCGGGUCGAGUGAACUUGUUCAAGAAUAAUGUGCAGCUUCAUUGUAGCUGAUUAAUUUCAGUCAAGUAACCCAUUUGAUUAGAUUUUUUGCUAUAUAUUAUGAUUUGUAAACUAUCUGAUUAAAUUGUUGUUUUGAUUGUUGUAUGUCAUGUCCUUAUAAAUAAAAUAACUGACUGUA